CAGUGAGAGCGGAGCAUCUGGAGGAGAGUUGGCCGGCUGUGGAGGUGGUGGAGGACGGGGAGAGCGAAGCAGAAAGAGGAUCCGGGAGUCAGCGAAAACAAAAAAGGGGUCAGACCUGGAACUUGGCGAAGCGGGGGAUCCUAAAGAAGGAGGGUCAUCAUUGUUUUUCGCCUUUUUUGCUCUUUUAUUUUUGUUUUGAUCUUUUUCGACUUUUGCAUUGUGUUCAACAGUCACUCAUUUGGCGAUGCCGUCCAACACAGUCACCGCCGCCGCCGCAUUCAAGAGCUCCGACUUCAACUGUGACACGAACGGAAAUCAAAUGAAUGAGAACUCUAGAACGGACACCGUGGUUAUUGACGAGAUGCCUUCGCUCUGCACUCCUGUCCGCAAGGUUGGACGGCCUGGCCGCAAACGCAAGCACCUCCCCGUGGAGUGUUACGGGCCAGUGGAUCAGCUGGUGGGCGUGGCUAAGCAGCACAAAGGGGUGGAGCUCCAGUCGUCUUUGCAGUCCCAGAAUGGAGAUGUUGAGAGGCAUGAGAACAAAUCGUGCGAAGGCCGCCACCCCACGCUGGACAAGAAUGCUGUGGAAAAUGGGCUCCCACGCCAAUCAGGCUGUCGGGCCGAGUCGGCCUCUGAUUCAAGGCUGAGCCCAUCCCAGGACUCCGAGAAGUACGAAGAGGAGACACUGCCAACUCUGCCUCGCAAGAAACGAGGGAGACGGAAACUGGAGCGGCCGACUAAAUACGUGGAGCACAAGGAGGACGAGGGUGGGGACUCUGCAAAGAAUGAGGGAGCUCGAGGGAGGCUCCGUGGGGGAGUGGGCUGGGAAGUCAGCCUCCGUCAAAGACCCAUGCCCAGAGUAACCUUCCAGGCCGGUGACCCUUAUUACAUUAGCAAGAGGACCAGGGAGGAGUUGCUGGCCAAGUGGAAGUUGGAGUUCCCUACGUUGCAGGCAGAGAAGAAGGCAAAACUGGUGUCUGUGAUGAACUCAAUGGAAGACCAUGGCGAGGUAGAGUCGGAGCCUCAAAAAGACAGCUCCAUAAUCACCGUCCCACUACCCUUUCCUCCACCGACGCCACCAACGCAGCAGCAACCGCCACAGCCUCAAGCUCAACCUCAGACCAACCUCAAAUCCCAGCCUUCUCCCCAGCAACAACCUCCACCAUUCCAACAGCAACAGCAGCCUACGGACCCAGCCUCUCCAACUGUUGCCACCACCCCAGAGCCCGUGUCUAUAGGGGACGGAGACAAGACCUCACCCAAGUCCACUGACACAGAGUCGGAGUACGAGGAUGGUAGAGGUUUCAGCAUCGGUGAGCUUGUGUGGGGAAAGUUACGAGGAUUCUCCUGGUGGCCCGGCCGGAUUGUAUCCUGGUUAAUGACUGGACGCAGCCGGGCGGCUGAGGGCACUAGAUGGGUCAUGUGGUUCGGUGACGGCAAGUUUUCUGUGGUCUGUGUUGAGAAACUGUUGCCUUUAAGUUCCUUCCACAACGCCUUUCACCAGCCAACCUACAAUAAACAACCAAUGUACAAGAAAGCCAUCUUUGAAGUGCUACAGGUAGCCAGCACUAGAGCAGGCAAAACCUUCCUCAUAUGCCCGGAGAGUGACGACACUGACACUUCUAAGUCAGUAGACAUGCAAAACAAACAGAUGAUUGAAUGGGCCAUGACGGGAUUUCAACCCACAGGACCUAAAGGUCUAGAGCCGCCUGAAGAGGAACGUAACCCCUACAAGGAAGUAUAUCCAGAGAUGUGGGUGGAGCCAGAGGCGGCGGCCUACACACCCACACCAGCAAAAAAGCCCCGCAAGAGCACAGCCACAGAGAAACCCAAGGUCAAAGACAUCAUCGACGAGCGGACUCGAGAGAGGCUUGUAUACGAAGUUCGUCAGAAAUGUAGAAACAUUGAAGACAUCUGCAUCUCCUGUGGCAGCCUUAAUGUUUCCCUGGAGCACCCACUCUUCAUUGGAGGAAUGUGCCAAAGCUGUAAGAACUGCUUCCUAGAAUGUGCGUAUCAAUACGAUGACGAUGGCUACCAGUCCUAUUGUACUAUCUGCUGUGGAGGGAGAGAAGUGCUCAUGUGUGGAAACAAUAACUGUUGCAGGUGUUUCUGUGUGGAGUGUGUGGAUCUGUUGGUGGGGCCCGGCGCGGCGCAGGCAGCUAUUAAAGAAGAUCCGUGGAACUGCUAUAUGUGUGGGCCGAAGGCUCAAUACGGCCUGCUGGAGCGCAGAGCGGAUUGGCCUUGCAGACUGCAGCACUUCUUUGCCAACAAUCACGAUCAGGACUUUGAACCACCGAGGCUUUACCCUCCGGUUUUGGCAGAGAACAGAAAAGCCAUUCGCGUCCUGUCACUUUUUGAUGGGAUCGCAACAGGGCUGCUGGUUCUGAAGGAGCUGGGUAUCCAGGUGGAGCGUUACGUGGCCUCAGAAGUGUGCGAGGACUCCAUCACUGUGGGCAUCGUUCGGCACCAGGGACGCAUCAUGUACGUGGGUGAUGUGAGAAACGUCACCCAUAAAAACGUUCAGGAAUGGGGUCCUUUCGAUCUUGUCAUCGGUGGAAGUCCGUGCAAUGACUUGUCAAUAGUGAAUCCUGCAAGAAAAGGUCUCUACGAGGGCACGGGUCGACUCUUCUUCGAGUUUUACCGGCUGUUACAUGAGGCCCGACCUAAAGAGCGAGAUAACAGGCCAUUCUUCUGGCUCUUUGAGAAUGUGGUGGCCAUGGGUGUCAGCGACAAGAGGGACAUCUCUCGCUUUUUAGAGUGCAACCCAGUGAUGAUCGAUGCCAAGGAGGUGUCUGCUGCCCACAGAGCUCGCUACUUUUGGGGUAACCUGCCUGGCAUGAACAGACCGUUGACCGCCAUGUGCACUGAUAAACUGGACCUUCAAGACUGUUUGGAGCAUGGCAGGACAGCUAAGUUUGAUAAAGUGCGGACCAUCACCACUCGGUCAAAUUCCAUAAAGCAGGGCAAAGACCAGCACUUCCCUGUCUUCAUGAAUGACAAAGAGGACAUCCUGUGGUGCACUGAGAUGGAGAGAGAGAUCUCGAGGGCCCGCUUCAGUGAACAGGUGUUCGGCUUCCCUGUCCAUUACACAGACGUGUCGAACAUGAGUCGUCUGGCCAGGCAGAGGCUGCUGGGAAGGUCGUGGAGCGUCCCGGUCAUCCGUCACUUGUUUGCACCACUCAAAGAGUACUUCGCCUGCAUCUGAACUCAAAUCCAGUACAGAUGAGAAAAAUCUAAACCGAUGUAAUACCAAGAGCUUCGAAAGCAAGCUCUCGUAUGUUAUUUGCAAGUUCGACAUCAGAAAAAAAAAAGUUAUUUUAUGUUUUGUUUUGGUUUUAUUCUUCUGGUUUGGAAU